CGUGGGGGAAAUUCAGUCUUCCAUGGAACUUCUGCUCUGCUCCAACUGUGCUCUGACUCGGAGGAGGCAUAUUUUCUGUCCGAUUUGUCUCUAAAUGUGACCGCUCUGCUCACUAGCAGCACUGGGUGCGAUGUGCCAGUGGGGAGAAACACUGCCAUAUAUGGCGGUGUGAUGGUGGCCAGGGCCAAGUUGUGCAAAACAACCCUGCACACCUCCUCUCUUGAGACAGCCUCUCCCUCUCCUCCCCUAUUCCUCCUCCUCCAUUCUCUCCGUUAGCCGCGGAAGUCCCAGCUCCUGGGCAGAAUGCAGAAUGUUGUAAGAAUGUUAGCUAGUUUGCACUGGUCAUGCAAAUGUAGAGGAAGUGUAUGCUGUAAUCGUAGGCCAAGGGGCUAAGCUUACGGCUGGAAGAAGUUAGACUUGGAUAAAUGUUUUUGCCUUGUUCGGUGUAGCUAAAGUUUCAGUCCUUCAGUCCAUCUGUCAGAUUUGAAAUGCAAUGGCCCAGUAGACUUAGUCCUUUACAGGUGGAUCUCCGUGCUUCAUUCUGAAUGAAUGCUGGCUACUCAUAGUGGAAAAUGCCAACAGUGUUUGGUUCGGAAGCACCUAGGUCUCUAGCUAAAGCAAGCAUGAUUUCAUUUGGUGGUGAAACACCUCACUUAGCACUGCUAACAGACCUGUGUGGGAGAAUUCUGUGAAUAUGAUAUCAUGUAUUACUGUGUGUGUGUGGGGGGGAACUCUAUUUUUAUGCAUGACAACAUGUCAGCGAUGGGAGGAGAAGGGACUUUGGAGAUGCGUUCGGCCUACUCGUUUACUGUUCUAUCCAUCUGACUUCAAGCAUCACCUCUUCAUGACCACCUCCUGGGCAGAGACAGCUUCCCACAUAGACACAGAAACGCUGUGCAUGCACACGCUCCCAUAAACACAUACACACUCCUUCAUACAAAGCAGUGAGCCAUCAUCACACCAACGCUAUGUACAUUAUUAUCCUUAGUUAAAUCACCUAUGGAAAAAUACAUAAUAUACUUGAUGAAUAAGUCCAAAACACAUCUAUGGGUUCAUUUUGCUCAUGUUCCAUUUAUCUGACGUCCAGCACAUCUGUUCAACAUAUCAGGCAAGACAUCCAUCAGCAGUUAGACAAAACACAGACGUGGUGCUCGUCUGUUUCCCUCCAUGGGUCACAGUACGACAUGGGGAUCUUGCCAUUUGUGAGACUCUGGCUGUUCGAGUAUUUUGGAGUUAUGGGCUCUGCCUGGCAUACCCCUCACUUCGCAUGGGCUCUGGCUCCACUUCUCCAAGCAACUAUUUUUAAACGUCUGGAAUUUGAUCAAAACAUUAGCUUUUUACUCAAGCCUUUUAAAGUCCAAAGGCUGUUGUUUUCUGUUUCACAUGCCUGGAGAUGGGAUCGGAGAUAGGGAGGAGGGUUUGGGAAAUGGAGAGGAGGUUCGCUGUUGGAGUCAGGUCUGUUGCUAUUGGUUUAACUAAUGAGAAUUUGUUCUCAAUUAAUAUGCCUGAAUAAAUAAAGGUUUCAUAUGAAAUAGAUCAUAAUAAUAAACUGCAAUACUCAUAAUGCGGGGGCGGCAGGUAGCUUAGUGGUUAAGAGCGUUGUGCCAGUAACCGAAAGGUCGCUGGUUCUAAUCCCCGAGCCGACUAGGUGAAAGAUCUGUCGAUGUGCCCUUGAGCAAGGCACUUAACCCUAAUUGCUCCUGUAAGUCGCUCUGGAUAAGAGCGUCUGCUAAAUGACUAAAAUGUAAAUAAUAAUAAACUAGUUGAAUCAGAAAAUGAAACUUUUUUCCCUUCAAUGAUUUUUUGCCUUUCCUUGUGACAGGGAAGUCACACAAAGAAAAUACCGAUAGGGGAGAGUGGGGUAAGUUGAGCCAAUCUUGUUUCUAGAAAACCAUACACAAAAUUAAUCAUUUGACCAAUUAUUUAGUGAAGGAAUAAACCACAUGGAAAAAGUGGUAAGUAAGUUAGGUCCAAUAAACUGAUUUUCACCAAGUCAAAGGAAUUUGUGUUAUACACAUCAGUUGGGGUCUCUAAGCUUCAAUAUGAGGUCCUAAACCUAGCAUGGAAGUGCAUCCUUAUAGGUGUGUGGGCUAAUAUUGUCAAAAUGUUUGCCUUUGGGUAAGUUGAGCCAAUGUCAAAUUGAGCAAAUUGAAGUGUUUUCUUCCCAGGCUUAAUGCAAGGCAUUAUUGCUGGGAUAUGAGGUAACAACAGGGCUUGGCCUAUGUGAAGUUUUUACAUUUUUAAGUACAAAGUUUUUGUAAGGUGUUAAGCCUGUGUUUAAAAUAUGAUUAAAAGAGAAAUAAGCGAUUGUGAUUGUUGAAUUGUUUGGGCAAUAAAGAUAGACAUGGUUUUAAAAAGGUAAUGGUAACUGGUAAUACACUGAAAAUAAAUAAAAGCAACAUGCAACAAUUUAAAAGAUUUUAGCGAGUUACAGUUCAUAGAAGGAAAUCUGUCAAUUAAAAUAAAUAAAUUAUGCCCUAAUCUAUGGAUUUCACAUGACUGGGAAUACAGAUAUGCGUCUGUUGGUCACAGAUACCUUUAAAAAAUGGUAGGGGUGUGGAUCAGAAAACCAGUCAGUAUCUGGUGUGACCAUAAUUUGCCUCAUGCAGCGAAACACUUCUCCUUUGCAUAGAGUUGAUCAGGCUGUUGAUUGUGGCCUGUGGAAUGUUGUCCCACUCCUUUUCAAUGGCUGUGCGAAGUUGCUGGAUAUUGAUGGGAACUGGAACCUGCUGUUUUACACGUCGAUCCAGAGCAUCCCAAACAUGCUCAAUGGGUGACAUGUCUGGUGAGUAUGCAGGCCACGGAAGAACUGGGACAUUUUCAGCUUCCAGGAAUUGUGUACAGAUCCUUGCGACAUGGGGCCGUGCAUUAUCAUAUCAUAUUUCUGAAACAUGAGGUGAUGGCGGCGGAUGAAAUACAAUAAUAAUAAUAAUAUGCCAUUUAGCAGACGCUUUUAUCCAAAGCGACUUAGUCAUGCGUGCAUACAUUUUUGUGUAUGGGUGGUCCCGGGGAUCGAACCCACUACCUUGGCAUUACAAGCGCUGUGCUCUACCAGCUGAGCUACAGAGGACCACUAUUGUGUCCAUUGUCCGUAGCUUAUGUCUGCCCAUACCAUAAACCCACCUCCACCAUGGGGCACUCUGUUCACAACGUUAACAUCAGCAAACCGCUCACCCACAUGACGCCAUCUGCCCGGUACAGUUGAAACCGGGAUUAAUCUGUGAAGUGCACACUUCUCCAGCAUGCCAGUGGCCAUCGAAGGUGAGCAUUUGCCCACUGAAGUCUGUUACGACGUCAAACUGCAGUCAGGUCAAGACCCCGGUUAGGACAAUGAGCACGCAGAUUAGCUUCCCUGAGACUUUCUGACAGUUUGUGCCGAAUUUCUUCAGUUGUGCAAACCCACCGUUUUAUCAGCUGUCCAGGUGGCUGGUUUCAGACAAUCCCGCAGGUGAAGAAGCCGGAUGUGGAAGUCCUGGGCUGGCAUGGUUACUCGUGGUCUGCGGUUGUGAGGCCGGUUGGACAUACUGCCAAAUUCUCCAAAGCGACGUGGUAGAGAACUGAACAUUCAAUUAUCUGGCAACAGCUCUGGUGGACAUUCCUGCAGUCAGCAUGCCAAUGCACGCUCCCUCAACUUGAGACAUCUGUGGCAUUGUGUUGUGUGACACAACUGCACAUUUUAAAGUGGCCUUUUAUUGUCCCCAGCACAAGGUGCACCUGUGUAAUGAUCAUGCCGUUUAAUCAGCUUCUUGAUAUGCCACACCUGUCAGUUGGAUGGAUUAUCUUGGCAAAGGGGAAAUGCUCACUAACAGGGAUGUAAACAAAUCUGUGCACAACAUUUUAGAGAAAUAAGCUUUUUGUGCGUAUGGAUAUUAUCACGUUUCAGGAGAAGACCCAGAUGCAGACAGUGUCGAAGUAACAAAACGGGGCAGGCAAACAACAGGUCAAGGGCAGGCAGAGGUCAGUAAUCCAGAUCAGAGUCCAAAAGGUACAGAACGGCAGGCAGAGGUCAAUAAUCCAGGGUCGUGUGACAAGGUACAGAACGGCAGGCUCAGGGCAGGCAGAAUGGUAAAAACUAGAAAACAGGAACUUGAGCAAGGGGGGGAAACCACUGGUAGGCUUGACGAAACAAAACAAACAGAGAACACAGGUAUAAAUACACUGGGGAUAAUGGGGAAGAUGGGCGACACCUGGAGGGGGGUGGAGACAAUCACAAAGACAGGUGAAACAGAUCAGGGUGUGACAGUUAUUUCCCUUGACGGAGUGAUGCUGAAUGUAAAAAAUGGCUCAACUUACCCCACUAUCCCCUAAUGAAAUUAAAACUUGGACAGACUAUUGCUUGCUAGUGUGCAACUGCUGCCAACAAACUAUUGUUUUUUGUAGUAUUUAUUUUCAUCCAUUUCUCUCAGCUUCUCCUUCCACCAUUUUCAAGCUUGACAUGAAUAUAUUGUAUUCUUCUACAAGCUGGUGUGCUUACAUUUUGUUAGAUGAUACAAUUGAUUGUGUUGUAUUUUAGUAGAGAUUGACUUGUGUUGGCUGUUAUCAACUUUGGCCUCACUGCGUCUCCCACUGAAUCAUGUUUCUAAGACGUUGCAAUGCAACCAGUACAUUGGCAGGUUUGCAGUGUACUUGCGAGCAGCGUUUUUUCACUGUACUUCAGAUAUAGUUCAGACAGAUAAUGGAGAACUGAUAAGAUAGCAGCAGUGGGUCGGUCAGUGUCCCUGGUUUAGCAUCCCUGUCUGAUGAGUUCAUACCUAUUCAUAAAAUGAUUGAUAGAUAGACUUAUCUAUGGCUCUGUAGUUUCCAAGACACUAUCUCUAGGAGUUGUAAAGAUGUGUGGAAAUGAAGGAAUUCAGUAUGUUACUCGCGUGUACGAUGGUCCUAGAUUUAGAUUUAGGGAAGUGCUGGGUGUUUACGUUAGGGUCCUAUUUUUGUUUCUACCCUAUUCCUCUGUGUGUAAUUUUCAUGGCAUUUUUUCUAAUGCCCUGCAGCUCUGUGUGUAUAGUUUCCAUCCCCCCAGCCCCCAAUAACUGUAGGACACAUGGGCAGACACACACACACACAGACAGGCACACACUGGCCCACUUGACACACACACACACAGGCAUACAGGGAAGUCUGAAAGAAGGGUUCUUAAUCUCCCAGGGUGUUGCCCACAAACACGCAUGGAAUGAACAUUCAGACUCAAAGUAUUUAUUGUUGUUUUUGCCAUGGGGGAGGGGCAUGGAUGGCUCUUGUCCAAUGGCUGUCCAGUAAUGCAUGAUUGACAUGUUGUGUGAGCAGUCAGGGUUCUGCUCUGUACCUGAGAAGAUGCUCUGGGAAGUAGGUUGCUUUUUUCCCCAGGAAGGAUGAGACUUUAUCUUACAGUGUUGUUUCAAAAGGUAUUUAUGGGAAGGUAUUUCAUAGGAAAAUAUGUGGUAAUAAUCUAAUCUUAUGUUGACGUCUGUGAAGUAACAGGUCUUCCUGGUACCUGUAGGCUACUUCACAGGCAUCAACACAAAUGCAGGUGCUUUUUGUAAUUGUACAUUACGCAUGCUUUUUUUCCAGUGAACCCAAAGAAACCAAAAUGAAGUGUGUGGUAAUGACCAAUCAGCCAUUUUACAGUGAUAUUUCUAAAUAAAUGGCAGGUAAAUAGUUCACAACUUCUACAGUCCACUAUUUAUAAAGUUUAGCUUAACUCUUGCCCAUUGAGUAGGGAUAGGCGGGCUGCGUAGAUUUGUCUCUCUCUACAGAGGAAAUGACUUGCACACUGAGGGACCGGCUUUAUGACACAGUGAAAUUAUCUUCUGAGUGCUGGGCGGGGUGGAUCAUUUCCUGUAUUGCUGAGCUCUAAGGGGAGAUGAGCUGUGUGUGUGUGUGAGCGUGAACGUGUGUCUGUUUGUGUCAGAAAGCAUGUCUGUGUGCUUUUUCUCCUCAAAUAGUAGUUCUGUGUGAGGUACGUCCUUUAUUGGGAAGUGGAGUGGAGAUGAUGAAACAGCUGGCAUCAAGCUGUACAGUGUACGCUGACUUCUGUAGAAGGGGUGCGGGGAGAGACACACAUAGGAUCUGAAAGGUUAUAGGAAGGUCUGUUGUAAUGUUAUUCUUGGCACAUAUGAAGAUGAAUGUUAUAAUGGUUGUAAUGUUAUUCUUGGCACAUAUGAAGAUUAAUGUUAUAAUGGUUGUAAUGUUAUUCUUGGCACAAAUCGAUAUAACUUGUUGGUGUCAGAGAAUGACAGCUGACAAGUCCACUGCCCUACUUGCUCUGCGUUUUAUGCUUGUUAUGAGUUAUAUCGAUUUCACUUCAAAGUUAUGGAAUUUUUUAUUAGAUCAUAUUCUAUGCCCAAUUCCUGAAUUAAAUGAAUUGAAAUGGACACAUAUGUUAUACCCAAUUUUUGUGGCACUUAAAUGUCCUCAUUGUUUUGGGUAAAAAGUCUAAUUGCACCCCAAAAGUAACACUCCCACAUUCACUUUGCUUGAUUGCAUGUUUUAUGUUGGUUUAUCUUUUCCAAUGAAUGAGUUUUCUUUCUCUAUUUCAGGAUUCUAUCAAUGCCUUCGUUCUAGAUCUAGACUACCCUGCCCUACGGAAAAACAAAAACGUAGAAACCUUUUUAAACAGAUGUAAGUAUGUUUGAUAAUAGUAAUUGUGAAUUUGUGUGUGGAUGGCUGAAUCAUCUCUUCUCCACGCAGAUGAGAAGGUGAUGGGGCACAUACGGGAGUUUCAGAUGAAGUCUGAAGACUUUGACAGGGUGAAAGUGAUCGGCAGAGGGGCCUUUGGGGAGGUUCAGCUGGUGAGAUUUAUUUACUUUUGUAUUUCAUCGAGAUGUUAAGCACCUGCGUAUUCAGUACACCACUUAGUUUUGACUCUCCCUCUGUCUCUUUUUCCAUCUCUCUUUCUGUCUCUUUAAUUCCUUUGUUUUCCCCAGGUUCGACACAAAGCCUCUCAGAAAGUGUACGCCAUGAAGCUGCUGAGCAAGUUUGAGAUGAUCAAACGCUCCGACUCAGCCUUCUUCUGGGAGGAGAGGGAUAUUAUGGCCUUCGCCAACAGUCCCUGGGUCGUACAAGUAAGACAUGACACACACACCUAUACACUCAACCGGGAUUCGUCGGAUCAGGAAUUUUUUUUCCACUCCUUAGUUGUCCAGUGUUGGUGAUCGCGUGCCCACUGGAGCUGCUUCUUCUUGUUUUUAGCUGAUAGGAGUGGAACCCGGUGUGGUCGUCUGCUGCAAUAGCCCAUCCAUGACAAGGACCGAUGAGUUGUGUGUUCCGAGAUGCCGUUCUGCACACCACUGUUGUUCUGCGACUUCUCAUGAACUUGCUGUUUUUGCCCACAGGACUGCCACUGACUGGAUGUUUUUUGUUUGUCGCACCUUUCUCUGUAAACCCUAGACACUGUCGUGCGUAAAAAGCCCAGGAGGCCGGCCGUUUAUGAGAUACUGGAACCGGCGCGCCUGACACCGACGAUUAUACCACACUAAGUCGCAUAGGUCACUCGUUUUGCCCACGUUAAAUCGAACAGUAACUUAAUACCUUGUUGCCUGUCUGCCUGCUUUAUAUAGCAUGCCACGUGACUCACUGUCUGUAGGAGCAAACCAAUUUCGUGAACGGGUUGGUGUACUUAAUAAACUGGCUACUGAGUGUAUAAUAUAUUGCAUAACAAGACAAGACAAAAACAUAUUUUAAAACAAUCUGCACAAACCAUAUCAAACCAGAAUAGUUUGAUGGAAGAUAACCCUGUAACUUGUAUUGUCUUUGCUUUCUGGUCUAUGUCUAGUUGUGCUGUGCCUUCCAAGACGACCGCUACCUGUACAUGGUGAUGGAAUACAUGCCUGGAGGGGACCUGGUGAACCUCACCAGUACUUACGAUGUGCCUGAGAAGUGGGCCAGGUUCUACACGGCCGAGGUGGUCAUGGCAUUGGAUGCCAUCCACUCCCUGGGCUUCAUCCACCGCGACGUCAAGCCUGACAACAUGCUCCUGGACCGCCACGGACACCUCAAACUGGCCGACUUCGGAACCUGCAUGAAGAUGGACUCUGUGAGGAUAACAUUUUCCCCUUGUUCCAGCUGUGCAGUGUGCUAAAGAGAGCAUUACUCACAAUACUUCCAGCGGAAUAUCUUGUGUCUCGCUGUGCUUUAAGUUAACACUUAUCUGAUAAGCGCUUAUUAAAACUGAACUGUAUAUACUUGAGGAUUCAUACUUGAUUUGCUUGAGAAAGUGUAUCUAACUGAAGGAUUGACUGGUUACAGACUGGGAUGGUGCACUGUGACACAGCGGUUGGCACUCCAGACUACAUCUCUCCUGAGGUUCUAAAGUCGCAGGGUGGAGAUGGUUACUACGGACGGGAGUGUGACUGGUGGUCUGUAGGUGUCUUCAUCUUCGAGAUGCUAGUCGGUGAGUUGGUGUUGUCUAACACCUUGGUGUUCAUGUUCCCGCUCUUUGUUUGUCACAAAAAUAAUGACUCAGAAUCUUAGUUUACACUAACUGAAGGAAAGCCUUUUACUGGAUGGUUUAUCUAGAACUGAGAUAAUCAAGUCUGCCUAUAAAAAGAUAUUGGAGAACUUGUAAGCAAAUUGCUUAUAAGUAAACAUAUUGUAACUAUUUCUGUGCUAUGUUCACAUUAGGUGACACACCAUUCUAUGCCGACUCCCUUGUUGGAACAUACAGCAAGAUCAUGGACCACAAGAAUUCCCUCAACUUUCCAGAUGACGUAGAGAUCUCCAAAGAUGCCAAAAACCUAAUCUGUGCCUUCCUGACAGACAGGUAACAAUUAUUUAAAAAAUAAUAAUUAACCACAGUUACAGAUUUAAAGUUACAGUUUGCAAUGUAAUUUUUGUAGUUGUCCAGACUAUAUUCAGGCUGAACUAUCCCAGCUUUCUCCCUGACCACUAACAUACAGUGAGGGAAAAAAGUAUUUGAUCCCCUGCUGAUUUUGUACGUUUGCCCACUGACAAAGAAAUGAUCAGUCUAUAAUUGUAAUGGUAGGUUUAUUUGAACAGUGAGAGACAGAAUAACAACAAAAAAAUCCAGAAAAAGGCAUGUAAAAAAUGUUAUAAAUUGAUUUGCAUUUUAAUGACGGAAAUAAGUAUUUGACCCCCUCUCAAUCAGAAAGAUUUCUGGCUCCCAGGUGUCUUUUAUACAGGUAACGAGCUGAGAUUAGGAGCACACUCUUAAAGGGAGUGCUCCUAAUCUCAGUGUGUUACCUGUAUAAAAGACACCUGUCCACAGAAGCAAUCAAUCAAUCAGAUUCCAAACUCUCCACCAUGGCCAAGACCAAAGAGCUCUCCAAGGAUGUCAGGGACAAGAUUGUAGACCUACAUAAGGCUGGAAUGGGCUACAAGACCAUCGCCAAGCAGCUUGGUGAGAAGGUGACAACAGUUGGUGCGAUUAUUCGCAAAUGGAAGAAACACAAAAUAACUGUCAAUCUCCCUCGGCCUGGGGCUCCAUGCAAGAUCUCACCUCUUGGAGUUGCAAUGAUCAUGAGAACGGUGAGGAAUCAGCCCAGAACUACACGGGAGGAUCUUGUCAAUGAUCUCAAGGCAGCUGGGACCAUAGUAACCUAGAAAACAAUUGGUAACACACUACGCCGUGAAGGACUGAAAUCCUGCAGCGCCCGCAAGGUCCCCCUGCUCAAGUAAGCACAUAUACAGGCCCGUUUGAAGUUUGCCAAUGAACAUCUGAAUGAUUCAGAGGAGAACUGGGUGAAAGUGUUGUGGUCAGAUGAGACCAAAAUCGAACUCUUUGGCAUCAACUCAACUUGCCGUGUUUGGAGGAGGAGGAAUACUGCCUAUGACCCCAAGAACACCAUUCCCACCGUCAAACAUGGAGGUGGAAACAUUAUGCUUUGGGGGUGUUUUUCUGCUAAGGGGACAGGACAACUUCACUGCAUCAAAGGGACGAUGGACGGGGCCAUGUACCGUCAAAUCUUGGGUGAGAACCUCCUUCCCUCAGCCAGGGCAUUGAAAAUGGGUUGUGGAUGGGUAUUCCAGCAUGACAAUGACCCAAAACACACGGCCAAGGCAACAAAGGAGUGGCUCAAGAAGAAGCACAUUAAGGUCCUGGAGUGGCCUAGCCAGUCUCCAGACCUUAAUCCCAUAGAAAAUCUGUGGAGGGAGCUGAAGGUUCGAGUUGCCAAACGUCAGCCUCGAAACCUUAAUGACUUGGAGAAGAUCUGCAAAGAGGAGUGGGACAAAAUCCCUCCUGAGAUGUGUGCAAACCUGGUGGCCAACUACAAGAAACGUCUGACCUCUGAUUGCCAACAAGGGUUUUGCCACCAAGUACUAAGUCAUGUUUUGCAGAGGGGUCAAAUACUUACAUCCCUCAUUAAAAUGCAAAUCAAUUUAUAACAUUUUUGACAUGCGUUUUUCUGGAUUUUGUUGUUGUUAUUCUGUCUCUCACUGUUCAAAUAAACCUACCAUUAAAAUUAUAGACUAAACAUUUCUUUGUCAGUGGGCAAACGUACAAAAUCAGCAGGGGAUCAAAUACUUUUUUCCCUCACUGUAAGUCUAUGGCCCUUUAUUUGGUGUUUAGGGAGGUGCGACUGGGACGCAAUGGGGUGGAGGAGAUCAAACGACACCCCUUUUUCAAGAAUGACCAGUGGAACUUCGACAGCAUCAGAAACAGUAGGUGUCUCUGCCGUACAGCCAAGUACAUUUUAUUUAUUUAUUUGAGCAUACAAAUUUGAUAAUUCUGUACAAUAGAAAACAUAUUACAUAUGGUUACCUAGAAAUUACAUAAAUAACAUCAAUAUUUAUUUAUUUCUCUCCCUCCCACCUCCCCUCUCAUUAUAUUGUUUAGCGGCGGCUCCUGUGGUUCCAGAGUUGAGCAGUGACAUUGACACUAGCAACUUUGAUGAGAUAGAAGAUGACAAGGGUGACGUGGAGACCUUCCCUACUCCUAAGGCCUUUGUGGGAAACCAGCUUCCUUUCGUCGGCUUCACAUACUUCAAGGAGGACCAGUAAGGCUUCAUGUCUUACUAUUACAAUCCUUCCUCAUCAUGGACAGUAUUUUUAACUUAGUAACUCCUGUGUAGUGGAUGGCUAAGUCUCACACAAGCUUUGAUUAUGUUAAGAAGUAUUAAUGUGUGUAUGUGUAUGAGCUGUUAGUUCUUCAUCAAACACCAAUGUGUUUCCUCCAGGUUACUAAGCGGUGUGAAUAACUCUACAGUUGUGACCGUGAACUCAACAGCCUUGAAAGGAGAGGUGGGUACCUACUGCCUGUCCUAUACCUUUAGUUCUCUUUCAAUUAUUUGUUUUGAUAUCACAUGUGGGGGAUUCGCUAGGAUCACCUACUCUCGGAAGAACCAAUCAAAAGCGUCUGUUGGAGACACAGGUAGAGUGGUGAAUGAGGUGAGCCCCUCACGUUCCUUAAAAGGAGCCACUCCCCCACCCUCUGAUUAUUCUCGCUUCUCUUCAUCACAAAGAGCAUUAACAUUACUCACUAGUGCUCAGAUCGACUGGAUGCCAGUUUUCCUGCUUAACCGCUCACAAGUGAACCGUGAAGGAUAUCGCUGCUGAGCGUAGGUCUCGAGAGGUUGAGUACUGACCGGAAGGUUUUAGUUUUGUGUAGAAAUUACUUUUCUACUUCUGUCUCCGUUGGUAGGUUGCUUCACUUCCUUCAGUCGCAGGAGCACACUAUCUGAAGGCUAACUCUGCCCCCACACGGUUGCCUUCAGCUAGCACUGAGCUAGCCCCGGCCACGUUUACUGCUAACUAGCUAACUUCACGGUGGAGCCGUCACUGGCUGACCAACUCAGCCCCUCGUGUUGUGUUACUAAAGACCUACUGGAUGCCCCAGUGACACCCAAGGAGUUGUUCGGGCCUGCUGUUGCCGCCAUGUGGCAGAAGUGUGACAUGCACAAGAAUGAAGGCGAAGCCCGUGGCAGCCCGUUGGUUCCUGCAUCUCGCCCCAGCCUCACUGCUGGUAGGGGGUAACAAGCUGUCCUUGGGGGACUGAGGUCCCUGGUGACGCAGCAGUCUGCCAAGACUCAGACUAGGCCCCUGAACCAGGCCAAACCUGUAAAGAAGCAGUCUUACGCUGCAGCCGCAACAAAGAUUUGCCUCUCUAACCCUCCUAAGGGAGAUAAGAAGGGCCGGACAACCUAGGGCGUCUUAGGAGGAUAGUGUGCAAGGCCUACUGCUCUCUGCCUUACUUUCGCUCUUCAGGUUUAACGUUUACUACUCCUUCCCCUCUCCAGGUUUCGCAGCAGUAAAACUAAACAAAAGAGACAGGACCGCGACCCUUGAAAAAGAGUCCCAGACCCUUAUAUAUGCUCUGUUUUACAGUUGUUGCGUUUUUCUUGCAGAAGUGGUGUGACUAAACAAGUUGUUCAUUCCUACACUCUAUUUUAUAGCCGCUUUCUUGACCUGCCAAGGCCCCGACAGUGAUACAGUUUAUCCGUAACUGUUGUGCAGUCUCUAAGGGUGGCAUGUCGCUUACGCCCAGUCUCUAAGCCUUUAGCUGGUCCGGGGGAAGUGUCUAUUGUGCUUAAGAUCCUUUCACAGAAUCUACUAGCCGCUGAAAAGCAUGGAGGUGUAAUAUUCCUCCAUCUUUCUCUUUACUACUGCCCUUAGCGUUCCACUGUUCGCGCCCGCAGUCUGCCCAGGGGUUUUUCAGGUUAAUGCGCACAUCCAUCUUUGGCCCGGGUCGACUUUUUCCCAUUGGCACACCUUGAAGUGUGCACCUUGGAGCCUAUGGGAAACUAGCAUUUUGACAAGCAGCACAACAAUUCUUGCAAUCGUCUUUCUAUUCCUACUUUAUUUAUUUCUCAACUUCUAAAUAUUAAUGAACUGUACCAUUUUAAACCUGUAUUUUUUUUGUUUUUUUUGCAGCAUGGUUAAGCAUGUGAGUGCAUAGGGGAGAGUGGGGCUAAAUGUAACACGGGUCAAUUGUAGGGUAACUUGAGGUAAAACAUCACCCUACCUCAAUUUUUUGGGGGGAGUGAUUAAAAAAAUUGUGAUGAGACAGAUCACAUUUUUAUUUGAGCAACAGUAAUGGCAACCAGAGAAAGUGUUGGGGGGGGGGGGGUGGCGGGUUACCCUAACAGGUAGGCCUAUAUUAUAUAGAUUUUUUUGGGGGGACACAACAUUUAUUAAUAGGAUGCUAACUAGUUAAAUAUCACAUUUGGGAUCUGGCUAAUGAUUAGCCCAAUAGGGUAAAUGCAGAUAGACAACCCCAUGCUUCAGCCUAUUUAUUUAAAGCCACUAUGCUGUUUCAGCUGGGCUACAAGUGAUAAUUGUUAUUGCUAAUAGCAUACCUGAUAAUAUGAACCAUGCAUAAGCUAUAUGCAUGGUCCAAUAUGUACAAAUAUUUUUAGCAAAUAAUUUUACCAAUAUGUUAUUGGGCUCAUUUCUGGAGGUGGAAAUUCUAUUUUAGAUGGUGUCAGCAUAAUUUUAUUUUCAUUCAUUUUGGAGUUUAAUGUCCUUUUAAAAAGUCACCAGAAUGGAGCUUCUCCGUCCUUUAUACAUAGAAAUUGUCCAGGGUGGGUCCCUGGACCCUCAAAACAGAGUUGAAUGGGUCCCCCCUCUGCUAUACAUUUUUCCAUAGGAAACACUGCCUCUCCUACGGAGGAGUUGACCUAUUGGGCACUGUUCUUGGGACAUAUCUCAUUAAAUGGGAUAGUGGCUCCUUUUAAGGAAGGUGAGGGGCUCACCUCAUUCGCCACUCUACUUGUCUGUCUCCAACAGACGCUUUUGAUAUGUUCAUCCGAGAGUAGGCGAUCCUAGCGAAUCCCCCACAUGAGAUAUCUCACUCAUAAUAUCAGAGAACCAAUACAGUAGUACAGUACAGUAAAGAAAAGUAGUGUUUAGUACAGUAGAGUACAGUAUAUAUUUGUUCUGUCCAAGCCCGUUAUAUGAUACCGUCCAUGAUCAGUUCAAGUCUGACUGAACAUUCCAUCACCAGGUUUCACCUGCAUGCUUCCAUGGCUUACUCACUUGCAUUUCCUAGGUACAGUGGCUUGCGAAAGUAUUCACCCCCCUUGGCAUUUUUCCUAUUUUGUUGCCUUACAACCUAAAAUUGAUUUUGGGAGAUUUGUACCAUUUGAUUUACACAACAUGCCUACCAAUUUGAAGAUGCAAAAUAUGUUUUGUGUGUGAAACGUACAAGAAAUAAGACCAAAAAAAAACAGAAAAUACUUUGUAGAGCCAUCUUUUGCAGCAAUUACAGCUGCACGUCUCUUGGGGUAUGUCUCUAUAAGCUUGGCACAUCUAGCCACUGGGAGUUUUGCCCAUUCUUCAAGGCAAAACUGCUCCAGCUCCUUCAAGUUGGAUGGGUUCUGCUGGUGUACAGCAAUCUUUAAGUCAUACCACAGAUUGUCAAUUGGAUUGAGGUCUGGGCUUUGACUAGGCCGUUCCAAGACAUUUAAAUGUUUCGCCUUAAACCACUCAAGUGUUGCUUUAUGAGUAUGCUUAGGGUCAAUGUCUUGCUGGAAGGUGAACCUCCGUCCCAGUCUCAAAUCUCUGGAAGACUGAAACAGGUUUUCCUCAAGAAUUUCCCUGUAUUUAGCGCCAUCCAUUAUUCCUUCAAUUCUGAGCAGUUUCCCAGUCUCUGCCGAUUAAAAACAUCCCCACAGCAUGAAGCUGCUACCACCAUGCUUCACUGUGGGGAUGGUGUUCUCGGGGUGAUGAGAGGUGUUGGGUUUACGCCAGACAUAGCGUUUUCCUUGAUGGCCAAAAAGCUCAAUUUUAGUGUCAUCUGACCAGAGUACCUUCUACCAUAUGUUUGAGGAGUCUCCCAUAUGGCUUUUGGCGAACACCAAACGUGUUUGCUUAGUUUUUUUCUUUAAGCAAUGGCUUUUUUCUGGCCACUCUUCCGUGAAGCCCAACUCUGUGGAGUGUACGGCUUAAAGUGUUCCUAUGGACAGAUAUUCCAAUCUCCUCUGUGGAGCUUUGCAUCUCCUUCAGGGUUAUCUUUGGUCUCUUUGUUGCCUCUCUGAUUAAUGCCCUCCUUGCCUGGUCUGUGAGUUUUGUUGGGCGGCCCUCUCUUGGCAGGUUUGUUGUGGUGCCAUAUUCUUUCCAUUUUUUAAUCAUGGAUUUAAUGGUGCUCUGUGGGAUGUUCAAAGUUUCUGAUAUUUUUUUAUAACCCAACCCUGAUCUGUACUUCUCCACAACUUUGUUGAAGACUCUGGGGCCUUUCAGAACAGGUGUAUAUAUACUGAGAUCAUGUGACAGAUCAUGUGACACUUAGAUUGCACACAGGUGGACUUUAUUUAACUAAUUAUGUGACUUCUGAAGUUAAUUGGUUUCACCAGAUCUUAUUUAGGGGCUUUAUAGCAAAUUGGGUGAAUACAGAUGCACACACCACUUUUCCGUUAUUUUUAAUUGUAAAUUUUUUUAAACAAGUUUUUUUUUCAUCUCACUUCACCAAUUUGGACUAUUUUGUGUAUGUUCAUUACAUGAAAUCCAAAUGAAAAUCCAUUUAAAUUACAAGUUGUAAUGCAAACAAAAUAGGAAAAACACCAAGGGGGAUGAAUACUUUUGCAAGGCACUGUAAGUUAUGUAAUUAUAUUUUACAUUUACAUUUUACAUUUUAGUCAUUUAGCAGACGCUCUUAUCCAGAGCGACUUACAGUUAGUGAAUACAUAUAUAUAUUUUUUUAUACUGGCCCCCCGUGGGAAUCGAACCCACAACCCUGGCGUUGCAAACGCCAUGCUCUAUCAACUGAGCUACAUCCCUGCCGGCCAUUCCCUCCCCUACCAUGGGCCAAUUGUGCGCCGCCCAUGAGUCUCCCGGUCGCGGCCGGCUGCGACAGAGCCUGGAUUCGAACCAGGAUCUCUAGUGGCACAGUCAGCACUGCGAUGCAGUGCCUUAGACCACUGCGCCACUCAGGAGCAUAUGAAUCUAACGCAACGCUAAAAUAACAAUGUCAUAACAGGUCAUAACAAUAUAAUUCCUUUGUUUGGCUCAAGAGUUGUACACAAUAAUUUGUCAGGUUCUUAGCGAUACUGAAACACUUACGAGGCUUUGCUUCAGUAGCUAAACAACAAGCUAAUCCCGUGAAAGCUGUCAGCUCAUUGACUUUUGUGCUGACUGAAAUUGUUUUGCCGAGCGAGUUAAAUGGAUUUCUUAUCUGUUGCAGGAUAUUGUGAUGUUAAGCGUUCUCUUUCUCUUUAAUCAUAGCUCUUCGGUAUUGAUUUCACUUGUUUAUGGCUUUGAAAAAACAAGGUUAAAUUGUGGAAAAAUUAUACACUAUAGUUUUAGAGCAGAAUCCAGGUGAAGUGUAUUGUAACAGUUGCGACGCCUCCUCCUCCCUCCUUCCCCUCUUCCUCAAGUCGGCCAAGCUACAGAAGAAACUCCACCAGCUGGAAGAGCAGCUCAAUAAUGAGAUGCAGACCAAAGAUGAGCUGGAGCACAAGUGCAGGUAGACACGGCAUGCCCUGGCCUCAUACACACACAAUACACCUUCUACUACUACUUGCUAUGUGAGUUAGUCAUGUUGUUUGUGAUAUGCGGCGCUGAGAAUAGUGACAUCCACUGCUCUGUUCUCUUCCUGUAGAACCUCCACCAGUCGUCUGGAGAAAAUCUCCAAAGAACUUGAUGAAGAGGUGAGAACUUUGGAGCUACAGUAGCAAUAUAGCAUACAACUAUAGCACAUAACUGAUAAAAAUGUAAACCAAUAAAUAAUUAGUUGUGCCCUUCCAACACUGACCUUUGUGGCGGUGCAUUGACAGAUGAGUAGCAGGAAGGCUCUGGAGUCGAGUCUAAGGCAGCUGGAGAGAGAGAAGGCUCUACUGCAGCACAAGACCGUGGAGAGCCACCGCAAGGCAGAAAGCGAGGCCGACCGGAAACGCUGCCUGGAGAACGAGGGUGAGACCGCUGGCUGAACACACACACACACACACACACACACACACACACACACACACACACACACACACACACACAGUAUACUUUCAUAUCUAACUUGUGAUGUGAUCUGCAGUCAACAGCCUACGAGACCAGCUGGACGAUAUGAAGAAAAGAAAUCAGAACUCGCACAUAUCCAACGAGAAGAACAUUCACUUACAAAGACAGGUGUGUGUUUGUUUUUUAUAAAAUAACUGUGUUUAAGUGCUAGCCUGUGUGUUUAUGUGCAUGUGUUUAUAUUUGUGAUUGGAAUGCACAUUACUAAAGUGUGUGUAAGUGACGUGUUGUCCAUAUUCCUCCAGCUGGACGAGGCCAAUGCUCUGCUGCGUGCGGAGCAGGAGGCGGCUACGCGGCUAAGGAAGGCCCAGACGGAGGCAGGCAAGCAGCUGCAGGCUCUGGAGGCCGGGGGCAGAGAGCUGCAGGACAAGUGCUGCCUGCUGGAGCGCUCCAAACUCACUCUGGAGAAGGAGUGUAUCGGGCUGCAGGCAGCACUAGAGGCUGAGAGGAGAGAGCACAGCCAGGGCUCCGAGACCAUUGCAGACAUGCAGGGUGAGUGGGGAUUGUGUUUGUGUGCGAGAGACUGUGUGUUUAUUCAUGAUUUAGCCUUUGGUGACAUUUCUUUGUCUCUGUAGGGCGAAUCUCAGGGCUGGAGGAUGAGGUUCGGCAGGUGAGACAGGCCCUAUCCAAAGCAGAAUCAGAGAAGAGACAACUACAGGAGAAACUCACUGACCUGGAGAAGGUAAACUUCCACACUUUCUUAUGCUCUUACCCUCUCUAUUUUAUGCACUCUCACUUUCUAACCUUGUCUCUCUCUUCUACUCUCCCGUAGGAGAAGAACAACAAGGAGAUAGACAUGACGUACAAGCUGAAGGUGUUGCAGCAGGGGCUGGAGCAGGAGGAGGCGUCGCACAAAGCCACCAAGGCACGGCUCGCAGACAAGAGCAAGAUCGAGUCGAUCGAGGGUGCCAAGUCUGAGGCCAUGAAGGGUAAGGCCCUUCCUGAGUUAUCAGGUAUGACAAAGGACAGGAAUCAGUCUUCGGUAAAGAAACUAGACUGUGGUCAGCAGGGUCAAAUCCAAUUAAUUAAAUCACUCUUCUCCCUCUCUCCCCUUCCCCCAGACAUGGAGCAGAAGCUGCAGGAGGAGAGGGCGUCCAAGCUGCGUGUGGAGAACAGGAUGUUGGAGCUGGAGAAACACAGCAGCAUGCUGGAUUGUGACUACAAGCAGUCCCUACAGAAACUGGACGAGCUCCGCAGGCACAAGGAGAGGCUCACCGAGGAGGUGAAGAACCUGACUCUGAAGAUCGAGCAGGAGACCCAGAAGCGCAGUCUGACCCAGAAUGACCUGAAGGUCCAGAACCAGCAGCUCAACACCCUGAAGACCUCCGAGAAGCAGCUGAAACAGGAGGCUAACCACCUGCUGGAAAUCAAACGCAGCCUGGAGAAACAAAACCAGGAGCUACGCAAGUAAGUCAGCAUAUUUUUCUCCUUCUUUUAUGUUUUACUUUUUAAUUUUUUGCAAAUAAUAAUGCUGAGAGAAAAUGUCAACACAAUAAAACAAUAAACUGAAAGGAUUAAUUUGCGUUUGUGUCCACAGAGAAAGGCAGGACUCGGACGGCCAAAUGAAGGAACUUCAGGACCAGCUAGAGGCUGAGCAGUAUUUUUCGGUAAGUCUGCUGCAGCUAUAACACUUUAUUUGAUCGUCUUUGAGCGAGGAAUCCUAACUUGAGAUAACUUGGACCCUGUGUAUACUUUAUUGCAUUGAAUUUGUGAUUGCUCAUAUUUUUGUGUUGCCCAGACGCUGUAUAAGACCCAGGUGCGGGAGUUGAAGGAGGAAUGCGAAGAGAAGAGCAAGCUCUACAAGGAUAUGCAGCAAUCACUUCAGGAGUUACAAGAGGAGAGGUGAGUACAAGGAAGUGGCCUGGCCCUGCACUGUUUACUGACACUCUAGUCUACAACUCCAGUCCUGCUAACUUAUAAACAUCUGCCCAGAGAUCCAGAAGAGGAUGGGCUUCUUUAGGGUCUGGUUCAAGCUUUCUUCCUCCUUACGGAGUUCUUGUAAUAUACAUCGUUAUUGAUUUAUUUACACGAACAACACAAAAACUAACACAACCAACACCCAUGUUCAAUGCUACAUAAUGUGACAAGCUUGACCUGUGACCCCUCAGGGACUCCCUGGCGGCGCAGCUGGAGAUCACACUGACCAAGGCAGACUCGGAGCAGCUGGCUCGCUCCAUCGCUGAGGAGCAGUACUCAGACCUGGAGAAGGAGAAAAUCAUGAAGGAGCUGGAGCUCAAGGAGAUGAUGGCCCGCCACAAGCAGGAGCUGGUCGAGAAGGACAUUACCAUUGGCUCGGUGAGUCAGCUCUUGUUCUUCUGUUUCUGGAGGGCCGCGGGGGCUGCAUUGGGCAUGGGCUUUUGUCCUAGCUUAGUGCUUUAGAAAACACAGAAUUCAACUGAUCGAAUAAUCAUCAAGAACUUGAUACGCUUAAUCAGGUGUGCUUGUGUGCUAGUAUUGGGCUGGGACUAUAGCUAGGACCAGGAGUGAACAUCAACGGAAUUGAGUAUUGUAACCAAUAGAUCUGUGAGUCUGACUAUGAGGUGACACCUGCUGGGCCCUGAGAAUGCUUGCUGCAGCUGAAUACUAUCAAAUUGGAUUUGUCUCACUUUUUGUCUGCUCCUUCCUGCCCAGCUGGAGGAGGCCAACCGAACCCUCACUAGCGAUGUGGCCAACUUAGCCAAUGAGAAGGAGGAGCUCAACAACAAACUCAAGGAGACACUUGAAGGUGAGUUUCUGCCUCCAGCCUGUGUACGUGUGCAUGUGUAUGUGGUUGGUAAAAAGCCUAAUAACUAUUUCUGUUCAACAUUAGAUUUUAACAUUCUAUUAUUCUAUUUGUGAUGUGUUCAGAGCUGCAAACGUCCAAGGAUGACGAGCAGCAUAUGAGCCAGAUGAAGCUCACGUUUGAGAAGCAGCUCCAGUCAGAGAGAACACUAAAGACCCAGGUAGGCUGAUUUAAUAUAAUUUCUUCCUAGCUUUACAAUGUUGCGUAGCAAGGAAAUCGUGUUGAAGACACUUGUUUUUGUCUAUUGUUUUUUAUGCUCAUCAUGAAUAUUUAUUGUCUUGUGUGUGUCUCAGGCUGUGAACAAGCUGGCGGAGAUCAUGAACAGGAAGGAGGUACGUGCAGCAGGCAGUCGGCGCGGCAACGACACUGAUGUGCGGAGGAAGGAGAAGGAGAACAGGAAGCUGCAGCUGGAGCUGAGGUCGGAGAAGGAGAAACUCAACUCCACCAUCAUCAAGUACCAAAGAGAGAUCAACGACAUGCAGGCGGUCAGUCAAACCACAACAUAACCACAACCUUAUACUAACCAUCACACAACCACCUGUACAGCACCAUUAUUAAUUACUAGAGGGAGAUUAACGACAUUCAGGUGGUCAGUCACACCAAGAGAGAUCAACAAAGUUAACAGGGGCUUCAAACUAACAAUAUACAGACAUUUCAAAUGUAUGUUUCCUUUUCCCCUGUUUGUGUCAAAUAGCAAAUAGCAGAUGAGAGUCAGGUACGCAUCGAGCUGCAGAUGGCCCUGGACAGUAAGGACAGUGACAUAGAGCAGCUACAUAACCUCCUCAGCUCCGCCAACGUCUCCUCCCUAGAAUCAGCCAGCCUCAGCAGUGGACCAGACUUUGACACGGACGAUGCCUACGCAGGUAAGGAGGACCCAUUUAUGUGUGUUCAAACACUAUGUACAUGCAGUCCUGUUCACAUAGCCUUGUACCUCGUAUGUAUGUUUUAUAUUGACUUUUGGUUAUUUUUGGUGACUUGGACUGUCUUGUCCUGGAGUGCCACCUAUCUUUCCUUUUGUCUUUGGCAUCUGAUUGUUUUUGACUUGUGUUGUCCAGUUGCCAGUAUGAGUACAGACUCACUAUAAUAGGCUACUGAUUACUCUGAUGAUUUGCGUGAUUUAUACAUUUAUUGAUUAAUUUGAUUUGAUUGAUAUUUUGUCCAUCAUGAAGGAUAACCUCUCUGGAGCAGAAACAUAAACCAUUAAACCUUAUGUUUUUGAGGUUGAGUCUAUCUAUAAUGUGUGCAGAGUGCUGCGAUCAUUUGAUGCAUCUACCGUUUACAUUAUUUUGUGGAUUGAAAUAGAAAAUGCUAUGUUUCCUGGGAAUAUGUACAAACUGUGAAGCAUGUAGAUCUGUCACAACAUUGCCCUGCUGUUUUAAUGUUUCACCCCUCUUUCUCUAUCUUAGAAAUGAGACUAGCGGGAUGGCUCUCGCUGCCUGUGAGGAACAACACCAAGAAGUUUGGAUGGGAGAGAAAGGUGAAGAAAAGAUUUACAACCUGGCUUUACUGAUCAAACAUUCUGUAGUUAAUAUUGUUGUUCUACUGUUAAAGGUAUUGUUUCUUGUCUCUUUUUAGUAUGUAGUUGUGAGCAGCAAGAAGAUUCUGUUCUAUAACAGCGAACAGGACAAAGAGCUAUCCAACCCCUACAUGGUGCUGGAUAUUGAGUGAGUAACGACUAUCUACCUGCUCUUCUUAAUUCAAUUCAAAGCAUCAUGCUAAUACAGAUAUACACUUACUCUUUUCCAGAAAGCACACCAGAUAUACCCUGGCAUUAUGUGCCUGAGUGAAUGUACACUAUGGACAAAAUGUUUUUUGUCCAUUGUGUACUUCCGUUUGCGGAAUAUUUAGAUAAAUCCUGGAAUAAAAGAAAAAGGGCUACCUAUAAUUAAAUUACAAAAAUAUUUAGCUUCUGGGUGGUAAAUGGCACGUGUGUAUAUAGAUUGUGUAUAGGCUUGUCUCCCACAUGAAUCUUCUCUUGGUGCCAGACUGGGUUCAAAUGCCUUCUGUUUAAUUUUUCUGUAUUUAUUUAUCUGUAUGUAUGUACAGUGAGGGGAAAAAAGUAUUUGAUCCCCUGCUGAUUUUGUACGUUUGCCCACUGACAAAGACAUGAUCAGUCUAUAAUUAGGUAGGUUUAUUUGAACAGUGAGAGACAGAAUAACAACAACAAAAAAAUCCUGAAAAACGCAUGUCAAAAAUGUUAUAAAUUGAUUUGCAUUUUAAUGAGGGAAAUAAGUAUUUGACUCCUCUGCAAAACAUGACUUAGUACUUGGUGGCAAAACCCUGGUUGGCAAUCAGAGGUCAGACGUGUCUUGUAGUUGGCCACCAGGUUUGCACACAUCUCAGGAGGGAUUUUGUUCCACUCCUCUUUGCAGAUCUUCUCCAAGUCAUUAAGGUUUCGAGCCUGACGUUUGGCAACUCGAACCUUCAGCUCCCUCCACAGAUUUUCUAUGGGAUUAAGGUCUGGAGACUGGCUAGGCCACUCCAGGACCUUAAUGUGCUUCUUCUUGAGCCACUCCUUUGUUGCCUUGGCCGUGUGUUUUGGGUCAUUGUCAUGCUGGAAUAGCCAUCCACGACCCAUUUUCAAUGCCCUGGCUGAGGGAAGGAGGUUCUCACCCAAGAUUUGACGGUACAUGGCCCCGUCCAUCGUCCCUUUGAUGCGGUGAAGUUGUCCUAUCCCCUUAGCAGAAAAACACCCCCAAAGCAUAAUGUUUCCACCUCCAUGUUUGACGUGGGGAUGGUGUUCCUGGGGUCAUAGGCAGCAUUCAUCCUCCUCCAAACACGGCGAGUUGAGUUGAUGCCAAAGAGAUCGAUUUUGGUCUCAUCUGACCACAACACUUUCACUCAGUUCUCCUCUGAAUCAUUCAGAUGUUCAUUGGCAAACUUCAGACGGGCCUGUAUAUGUGCUUUCUUGAGCAGGGGGACCUUACGGGUGCUGCAGGAUUUCAGUCCUAUACAGCGUAGUGUGUUACCAAUUGUUUUCUUGGUGACAAGAUACUCCCGUGUAGUUCUGGGCUGAUUCCUCACCGUUCUCAUGAUCAUUGCAACUCCACGAGGUGAGAUCUUGCAUGGAGCCCCAGGCCGAGGGAGAUUGACAGUUCUUUAGUGUUUAUUCGUUUUAUUAUAGACUGAUCAUUUCUUUGUCAGUGGGCAAAUGUACAAAAUCAGCAGGGGAUCAAAUACAUUUUUCCCUCACUGUAUGUAUGUAUGUAUGUAGGUAUGUAUGUAUGUAUAGUACCAGUCAAAACGUUGGACACACCUACUCAUUCCAGGGUUUUUCUGUAUUUGUACUAUGUUCUACAUUGUAGAAUAAUAGUGAAGACAUCAAAACUAUGAAAUAACACAUAUGGAAUCAUGUAGUAACCAAACAAGUGUUAAACAAAUCAAAAUAUAUUUUAUAUUUCAGAUUCUUCAAAUAACCACCCUUUGCCUUAAUGACAGCUUUGCACACUCUUUGCAUUCUCUCAACCAGCUCCACCUGGAAUGCUUUUCCAACAGUCUUGAAGGAGUUCCCACAAAUGCUGAGCACUUGUUGGCUGCUUUUCCUUCACUUUGCGGUCAUCCCAAACCAUCUCAAUUGGCUUGAGGUCGGGGGAUUGUGGAGGCCAGGUCAUCUGAUGCAGCACUCCAUCACUCUCCUUCUUGGUAAAAUAGCCCUUACACAGCCUGGAGGUGUGUUGGGUCAUUGUCCUGUUGAGAAACAAAUGAUAGUCCCACUAAGCCCAAACCAGAUGGGAUGACAUAUCUCUGCAGAAUGCUGUGGUAGCCAUGCUAGUUAAUUCUAAAUAAAUCACAGACAGUGUCACCAGCAAAGCACCCCCACACCAUAACACCUCCUCCUUCAUGCUUUACGGUGGGAAAUACACAUGCGGAGAUCAUCCGUUCACCCACACCACGUCUCACAAAGACACGGAGGUUGGAACCAAAAACCUCCAAUUUGGACUCCAGACCAAAGGACAAAUUUCCACUUGUCCAUUGCUCGUGUUUUUUGGACCAAGCAGGUCUCUUCUUAUUAUUGGUGUCCUUUAGUAGUGGUUUCUUUGCAGCAAUUUUACCAUGAAGGCCUGAUUCACGCAGUCUCCUCUGAAAAGUUGAUGUUGAGAUGUGUCUGUUACUUGAACUUUGUGAAGCAUUUAUUUGGGCUGCAAUUUCUGAGGCUGGUAACAAUAAUGAACUUAUCCUCUGCAGCAGAGGUAACUCUGGGUCUUCCUUUCCUGUGGCGGUCCUCAUGAGAGCCAGUUUCAUCAUAGCGCUUGAUGGUUUUUGCGACUGCACUUGAAGAAACUUUCAAAGUUCUUGACAUAUUCCGUAUUGACUGACCUUCAUGUCUUAAAGUAAUGUGAACUGUCGUUUCUCUUUGCUUAUUUGAGCUGUUCUUGCCAUAAUAUGGACUUAGUCUUUUACCAAAUAUGGCUAUCUUCUGUAUACCACCCCUACCUUGUCACAACACAACUGAUUAGCUCAAACGCAUUAAGAAGGAAAGAAAUUCCACAAAUUAACUUUUUUUUAAAGGCACACCUGUUAAUUGAAAUGCAUUCCAGGUGACUUACUCAUGAAGCUGGUUGAGAGAAUGCCAAGAGUGUGCAAAGCUGUCAUCAAGGCAAAGGGUGGCUAUUUGAAGAAUCUCAAAUACAACAUAUCUUUUGAUUUGUUUAAGACUUUUUUUGGUUACUACAUGAUUCCAUAUGUGUUAUUUCAUAGUUAGGUAUCUUCACUAUUAUUCUACAAUGUAGAAAAUAGUAAAAAAUGAAGAAAAACCCUUGAAUGAGUAGGUGUGUCCAAAUUUUUGGCUGGUACUGUAUGUACAGUUGAAGUCGGAAGUUUACAUACACCUUAGCCAAAUACAUUUAAACUCAGUUUUUCACAAUUCCUGACAUUUAAUCCUAGUAAAAAUUCCCUGUUUUAGGUCAGUUAGGAUUACCACUUUAUUUUAAGAAUGUGAAAUGUCAGAAUAACAGCAGAGAGAAUGAUUUAUUUAAGCUUUUAUUUAUUUCAUCACAUUUCCAGUGGGUCAGAAGUUUACAUACACUCAAUUAGUAUUUGGUAGCAUUGCCUUUAAAUUGUUUAACUUGGGUCAAACGUUUCGGGUAGCCUUCCACAAGCUUCCCACAAUAAGUUGGGUGAAUUUUGACCCAUUCCUCCUGACAGAGCUGGUGUAACUGAGUCAGGUUUGUAGGCCUCCUUGCUCGCACACGCUUUUUCAGUUCUGCCCACAAAUGUUCUAUAGGAUUGAUGUCAGGGCUUUGUGAUUGCCACUCCAAUACCUUGACUUUGUUGUCCUUAAGCCAUUUUGCCACAACUUUGGAAGGAUGCUUGGGGUCAUUGUCCAUUUGGAAGACCCAUUUGCAACCAAGCUUUAACUUCCUGACUGAUGUCUUGAGAUGUUGCUUCAAUAUAUCCACCUAAUUUUCCUUCCUCAUGAUGCCAUCUAUUUUGUGAAGUGCACCAGUCCCUCCUGCAGCAAAGCACCCCCACAGCAUGAUGCUGCCACCCUCGUGCUUCACGGUUGUGAUGGUGUUCUUUGGCUUGCAAUCUUCCCCCUUUUUCCUCCAAACAUAACGAUGGUCAUUAUGGCCAAACAGUUCUAUUUUUGUUUAAUCAGACCAGAGGACAUUUCUCCAAGAAGUACGAUCUUUGUCCCAAUGUGCAGUUGCAAACCGUAGUCUGUCUUUUUUAUGCCGGUUUUGGAGCAGUGGCUGCUUCCUUGCUGAGCGGCCUUUCAGGUUAUGUCGAUAUAGGACUCGUUUUACUGUGGAUAUAGAUACUUUUGUACCUGUUUCCUCCAGCAUCUUCACAAGGUCCUUUGCUGUUGUUCUGGGAUUGAUUUGCACUUUUCGCAACAAAGUACGUUCAUCUCUAGGUAUGACGGCUGCGUGGUCCCAUGGUGUUUAUACUUGCAUACUAUUGUUUGUACAGAUGAACGUGGUACCUUCAGGCGUUUGGAAAUUGCUCCCAAGGAUGAACCAGACUUGUGGAGGUUUACAAUUAUUUUUCUGAGGUCUUGGCUGAUUUCUUUAGAUUUUCCCAUGAUGUCAAGCAAAGAGGCACUGAGUUUGAAGGUAGGCCUUGAAAUACAUCUACAGGUACACCUCCAAUUGACUCAAAUUAUGUCAAUUAGCCUAUCAGAAGCUUCUAAAGCCAUGACAUCAUUUUCUGGAAUUUUCCAAGCUGUUUAAAGGUGCAGUCAACUUAGUGUAUGUAAACCUCUGACCCACUGGAAUUGUGAUACAGUGGGGGGAAAAAGUAUUUAGUCAGCCACCAAUUGUGCAAGUUCUCCCACUUAAAAAGAUGAGAGAGGCCUGUAAUUUUCAUCAUAGGUACACGUCAACUAUGACAGACAAAAUGAGGGAAAAAAAUCCAGAAAAUCACAUUGUAGGAUUUUUUAUGAAUUUAUUUGCAAAUUAUGGUGGAAAAUAAGUAUUUGGUCAAUAACAAAAGUUUCUCAAUACUUUGUUAUAUACCCUUUGUUGGCAAUGAUACAGGUCAAACGUUUUCUGUAAGUCUUCACAAGGUUUUCACACACUGUUGCUGGUAUUUUGGCCCAUUCCUCCAUGCAUAUCUCCUCUAGAGCAGUAAUGUUUUGGGGCUGUCGCUGGGCAACACGGAAUUUCAACUCCCUCCAAAGAUUUUCUAUGGGGUUGAGAUCUGGAGACUGGCUAGGCCACUCCAGGACCUUGAAAUGCUUCUUACGAAGCCACUCCUUCAUUGCCCGGGCGGUGUGUUUGGGAUCAUUGUCAUGCUGAAAGACCCAGCCACGUUUCAUCUUCAAUGCCCUUGCUGAUGGAAGGAGGUUUUCACUCAAUAUCUCACGAUACAUGGCCCCAUUCAUUCUUUCCUUUACACGGAUCAGUCGUCCUGGUCCCUUUGCAGAAAAACAGCCCCAAAGCAUGAUGUUUCCACCCCCAUGCUUCACAGUAGGUAUGGUGUUCUUUGGAUGCAACUCAGCAUUCUUUGUCCUCCAAACACAACGAGUUGAGUUUUUACCAAAAAGUUAUAUUUUGGUUUCAUCUGACCAUAUGACAUUCUCCCAAUCCUCUUCUGGAUCAUCCAAAUGCACUCUAGCAAACUUCAGACGGGCCUGGACAUGUACUGGCUUAAGCAGGGGGACACGUCUGGCACUGCAGGAUUUGAGUCCCUGGCGGCGUAGUGUGUUACUGAUGGUAGGCUUUGUUACUUUGGUCCCAGCUCUCUGCAGGUCAUUCACUAGGUCCCCCCGUGUGGUUCUGGGAUUUUUGCUCACCGUUCUUGUGAUCAUUUUGACCCCACGGGGUGAGAUCUUGCGUGGAGCCCAAGAUCGAGGGAGAUUAUCAGUGGUCUUGUAUGUCUUCCAUUUCCUAAUAAUUGCUCCCACAGUUGAUUUCUUCAAACCAAGCUGCUUACCUAUUGCAGAUUCAGUCUUCCCAGCCUGGUACAUGUCUACAAUUUUGUUUCUGGUGUCCUUUGACAGCUCUUUGGUCUUGGCCAUAGUGGAGUUUGGAGUGUGACUGUUUGAGGUUGUGGACAGGUGUCUUUUAUACUGAUAACAAGUUCAAACAGGUGCCAUUAAUACAGGUAACGAGUGGAGGACAGAGGAGCCUCUUAAAGAAGAAGUUACAGGUCUGUGAGAGCCAGAAAUCUUGCUUGUUUGUAGGUGACCAAAUACUUAUUUUCCACCAUAAUUUGCAAAUAAAUUAAUAAAAAAUCCUACAAUGUGAUUUUCUGAAAAAAAUCUUCUCAAUUUGUCUGUCAUAGUUGACGUGUACCUAUGAUGAAAAUUACAGGCCUCUCUCAUCUUCGUAAGUGGGAGAACUUGCACAAUUGGUGGCUGACUAAAUACUUUUUUCCCCCACUGUAUAAGCGAAAUAAUCUGUCUGUAAACAAUUGUUGGAAAAAAUUACUUGUGUCAUGCACAAAGUAGAUGUCCUAACCGACUUGCCAAAACUAUAGUUUAUUAACAAGAAAUUUGUGGAUUGGUUGAAAAACAAGUUUUAAUGACUCCAACCUAAGUGUAUGUAAACUUCCAACUUCAACUUUAUGUAUGUAUGUAAAUUUUUUACUGCUCUAGGGAUAUAAUUAUUGUUUGGAUAACCUUAUUUACUAUUAUUUAUUGACUUUUAUCUUACAUUUUUUCACUCUUUAUGCAAUGGACACUGCAGAGAACACCGGAAGAAGAAUUAUCACUGAAUUAUCACAGUGAAUUAUUGUAAUGUUUGUUUAUGUGUCAAUUAAUCCCCUAAGGGAUGGGUUGCCGAUUGGUGAUUUGACAUGAAAAUAUAAUUGAAUUAAUUCAACAUUUCAUUCAAUAACUGUAGUUAAUGAUUUUUACCUUCAACAUAAUUUUUUUUUUUGUUCUCUUCCUUUUCUUCUCUUUUCAGUAAACUCUUCCACGUGCGGCCUGUCACUCAAACUGAUGUUUACCGUGCUGACGCCAAAGAGAUCCCCAGGAUAUUCCAGGUCCCUUGCUUGUCAUGGCUCUUUAUUCAUGCAUUUAUUUAACAAUUCAUGUGAUGGGGCUAGUUCAUAAUGUUGAUGAUGAUAAUGAUGAUUGACAAUGACCAUGAUGACCUUUUCCUUCUCUCCUCAGAUUCUAUAUGCCAAUGAGGGUGAGUGUAAGAAGGAGCCUGAGUUCCCAGUGGAGCUGGUCAGCGGAGAGAAGUCCAGCUACAUCUGCCACAAGGGCCACGAGUUCAUCCCUACCCUCUACCACUUCCCCACCAACUGUGAGGCGUGCACCAAGCCCCUGUGGAACAUGUUUAAGCCUCCGCCCGCCCUGGAGUGCAGGCGCUGCCACAUCAAGUGCCACAAGGACCACAUGGACAAGAAGGAGGAGAUCAUCGCGCCCUGCAGAGGUAGGGGUGUGGGGGGUGUGGUGUCGUUGCUUAUAGCAGAGCAGGGUUACAUAGACGCAUAUAAAGACAUUGUCAGGGACAUAUCAAGGGAUGGUUAGGAGUUGAGGUGUGCACCGCUGUUUUCUAUGUUUGCACAGUUAUUUUGUUCUUAAACACAAUACAAACCCUUCCCUUUGUCCCACUGCAGUGAACUAUGACGUGUCCACGGCCAAGAACCUGCUGCUGCUGGCCGUGUCUCAGGAGGAACAGCAGAAGUGGGUGGGACGUCUGGUCAAGAAGAUCCCCAAGAAGCCACCGGCCCCUGAGCACUUUGCCCGCUCCUCGCCACGUGCCUCCAUGAAGGUCCAGUCCAGCCAGUCCAUGAGACGGCCCAGCAGACAGCUGCCCCCCAGCAAGAGCAGGUAAGACCACUUGCCAGACGUAGACUAACCUUACACCUAUCAAAUACUUAGAUGUGAAAAGAAUGUGACUAGUACUCUGUGCUUAAGGGCCAUGCUCAUUACCACUUCCCUCUUUCAGACUGCUCGACAUUGGCCUAUAGGACUGACAUUGGGCAUUACAUGAUAUCGAUGAUGCAUUUGAUUUCUGAUGAGCAGAUAGGGUAAAAGCCUGGGUAAAUCCCUGGUAAGGCGUGUUGUGCAGUGAGUUUGGUUGUAUUGGAAUAGGACUCGUAUAUUCCCUUCUGAAUAUUGUUUAUUCCUAUAUUUCUUUAAUCUAUUGCCUGGCUUUCUUGAGCCAUGCCCAAGAGGUGGUUUGUGUACCUGAAUUUGAGAAAAUAAAUGUGCAUGUGUUCUCUUGUAGUCUCCGUAGUUGUAUAUGUCAGGAAAGAAGAUUUUUACAAACGCUUUUAGGUUUCCAGGAACCCUACAGCCUCCUCCUGAACCCUGUGUGACCUUUGCCCUCUGACCUCAGUCCCCCUAGAUCACACGCCCCCAGGAUGCGACGAGAAGACUCCAAAAGUGGCCAUCGACACAAAUCA